GUGCCCGCCCGGGCCCUGCCCUGCCACGGGCGGCCGCUGGGGGCUCCCGCCGCCGCGGCGCGGCCCGCCAUUGUCGGGGGCAUGGAGGGCGAGAGCACGUCUGCUCUGCUCUCGGGCUUCGUCUUCGGCGCCCUCGCCUUCCAGCACCUCAGCACCGACUCGGACACGGAAGGUUUUCUCCUUGGAGAUGUGAAAGGUGAAGCCAAGAACAGCAUUACUGACUCACAGCUGGAUGAUGUUGAAGUUGUUUAUACCAUUGAUAUACAGAAGCACAUUCCAUGCUACCAGUUGUUCAGCUUUUAUAAUUCUGCAGGAGAACUGAAUGAAGUUGCCUUGAAGAAAAUACUAUCAGGCUGUAAGAAGAGUGUAAUAGGAUGGUACAAAUUCAGACGUAACACAGACCAGACCAUGACAUUCCGGGAAAGACUUCUUCAUAAGAAUUUACAGUCACACCUGUCAAAUCAGGGUCUUGUAUUCCUUUUAUUAACCUCUAGCGUGAUGACAGAAAGCUUCUCUACUUACAGACUGGAACAUGCUUUACAUCGGCCACAAGAAGGUCUUUUCCAGAAAGUUCCUCUGGUGGUUACCAACUUGGGUAUGGCAGAACAGCAAGGUUACAGAACAGUGUCUGGUUCCUGUGUAUCUUCCGGGUUUGUCAGAGCAGUAAGACAACACAGGUCACAGUUCUUUUAUGAAGAUGGAUCCUUAGAAGAGGUUCAUAAGAUAAAUGAGAUGUAUGCCACCUUGCAGGAGGAACUGAAGAAAAUAUGCUCUACAGUAGAAGUCAGUGAACGAUCUGUAGAGAAACUCUUAGCAGAGGUGAGCCAAUUAAAAGAAGAAAUAAAGCGGAAAAAGCAACAGAGUUGUUCAGAAGACAGAGAUGACCCAGGAGAGCCAAAGGAGAAUGUUCUCCUUUGUCAGGCACUGCAAACAUUUUUCCCUAAUUCUGGAUUUCAGACAUGUAUUGUUUCCUUCAAAGGCCAACAGAUAUCCAAGAACUGCUGUAACAUAGACCAUAAUAUUAAUGUCAUAGACAAACUGACUCUUAUGGUAAAGGAAAGAGACUUCACUGAAGCUGAAACAAGACACCUAGCCAAGCGUAAGGUCAGAGGGACCAUAACAGGAUCAAAGUCAUUCAAGAAAUCCAGAUCACUGCACCUUCACCAAAAAUUACUUCAAGACCAAGAGGACAGUGACCAGGAAAGGAAGUUUAUGCUGAUGAGCACUGAAACAGAUGAGGACAUCUUUGAAAAGGGAGACACAAAUGAAAUCUCACUCUCUCCUACUUUUUGAUCUGUUAAUGAUUUGUCCAGAUGACUUUGCACCAAAAGCUACUGCCAGCAUAUUCAAGUGACAUAUCAUUUUAUAGCAGGGAUGAAAAUAACAGUGCGUUUUUGCAAAACA